AUGUCAUCAUCAUGUCAGUGCUCAAAUAGAGCUCAUCAACGUUGUAUACGUAUUAUUUCCACCACAAUCGUUGCUGUCCUAAUGUUACUCAUGACUACUACGACAAUACAUUCAUUACCGACGUGUAAAUCGUGUGGUGCGCCUCCGAGCGACCUAAGUUUUUGUGCUGCGUAUAUACCAGCAGGAAGUAGCAUAUGCAUACAAGAUAAUUACAAAGAUGUGGAGACAAACAUUUCUAAUGUAUAUUCUAGUAAUGGUACGAUCGUUCCAUAUGAGAUUUGUUACUCGGUUUGCAAAGAUUAUGCCUACGGUUGUUGGGCACGUGACGAAGGUGCUAUUAACUGGGCUCUUCAGCCUGUUUGGGAUGUUGCAGAACAAAACAAAAAAUUGGAUUAUUUCUGUUCUACGGAGGUUGGAAAUCCAUCUCCAUGCUCGCUUGGAGGAAAGGCAAUCAGUAGUGGAAAUUCUUUCAAAUUUUCUGUAUCGCUGGCACUUGCAUGUUUGAUUGGUCUAUUGGCAUUUCAUGUGUAA